UGACUUUGCUUUCUUGCUUGACGUUCGCGUCAAAUCUAUGGUUUCUCGUUAGUGAUUCCCGAGGUCCUGUUGGUCAAUCUAGGGAUGGUGGCGCACAAUCGAUACCGGGACGGCAGCUCCGUCAACGUUCGCAAUGCGGAGAACUUAGGGGCCUUAGCCAAGGUGCCUGGAUUUAGCAUGCGGAAAUCGCAACGCAAAGGGUGUUGGAGCUUCCGUCGGCGCUACUGCGGCUGUUCCUUGGGAGUUUCACCAGCUGUGGCGGCCCACUUGACUAAAGUCCCGAUAGCGGGACUGACCCAACUAGGCAACGACAGCCACACACUUGGGCUAGACUCCGCGACAAUAUUUGCUUGUCAAAAGUUGGCAGCCAAACAUACCCCAACUUCCUACCCGACUUCCGGAGGCUGCUCAUAUCCUACCACUGCCGAGGUGCUGGUUCGAGAGGAGAUUGAUGGGGGCGCUCACAUCUUAUUCUACUCACUGCGAGCAGACACCAAGCUUACGUCGUCCCAGGCGGGACGAGAGCUCCGUUUGAAUGUGGUGCCAGCCAGGCGCAUUGACAGCCGUUGUCUUGUGAACCCACUUUCCAAGAGAAAUCGGAAGAAUCUGACCGACAUCGUAGUGAAAGAGCUGGGUAUGGUGUGCCGUAUGGAAGCCAUGACGGCUGCCAUGGCAAGAGUGGGGUGCAGGCUGCUCAAAGAUCCGUACGGAUGUUUCGGGCUCACGAAACAUCAGAUCGACGAAGAUGGGUGAGCCGCGACCGAGUCAUUCGUUGCUCCGUAGCUGCAGCAAGGCCAGCGAUAACCUCAUCGUCGUGGACGACGAACCCCAGACGUUCAUCAAUGAAAGUAAAGACCGACUGUCCUAGAGAGUCGUGCGGCGAGUACUAGAAGUAAGAGACAGUUGUAGAAGUAGACUCAGGGAAA